AUGGCGAUAUACAAGUCAGUGUCAGAACCACCAACGAACCUUGACAUAUAUAAUGUAACUAGUCGCAGUUUUGGUAUUUCCUGGAUGAAACCUACAGAAACCCACAGUGCAGAGAACUAUGGUUAUGUUCUACAGAUUAAGGAGGAUCAGGAUAAAUGUGUGAAAGAAAUCAUUUAUAGAUGUUCAGACUGUGUAGGCAGUUUUCAGAUUUCAAACUUGAAUGGUUUAUGCGAUUCUACAGUUCGAGCAGAGAUAGGCAAGACUAAGCAAGAAUUAGAAGGUCAGUUGACAUAUCCUGUAAGUCUUAAUCCAGGUAUUGCUUAUACUGUGACUGUGACUGCUAUCAAUGAUGGAGGAAGAGGAUAUCCGGCUAACGAGACGGAAAAAACUAUUGAAGAAGCUCCGCAGGUACCGUAUGGUAUAACAAUGAGCGAGAUAGGAACAACAUCAUGUAAAAUAUAUUGGAAAAUAAAUGGACCAAAACCUGGAAAGACGAACUUCACUGUAAUGUUGAUGGCUGACUCCCCUGCAACGUCAAAGGAAUUUACAGUAACAGGAUUUGACAUGAGAAGUUACCUGGCAGAAGGUCUAGAAGCAUAUUGGAGCUACAAUGUAACUGUGACAGCCGCUACAAAUGUUGGCGCUAAAACAUCUAACCGAGUACAUUUCAGAACUCGUCCUACAGCACCAGGGAAAGUUACCGGCUUAAAGAUAACAGAGGCACCAGGAGGCAUAUAUACAUGGAUGCAGAUUUCCUGGAGAGCACCUGCAAUUCUAUUUUGGAAUAGUAUUAUUAAAGAAUACAGUUUAGAUAUCAGUACAUCCGAUAGGAAUGCAACGACACAAAGUUUGUCACAUGAAAAUAAUGAAAAUCAUGACUAUACGGUAGUUGUGAACGUAGUACCUGAAGAAACAUACACAUUUAAGGUGUAUGCUACAAACAGUCUGGAUAUGAAGGGUGAAGUUUCCACUGUCGUGAAACAAGCCCCAGCUGGAGUCCCAGUUAAUAUAGAAGACACGUUGCAAGUCGAUAUAAUAUCUUUGCAUCAAAUGAAAAAUGUUGAAGAUAGGCAGUUCACUGUUACAUUAGUGCAAGACUUCUUCGAGGAAUCAACAAACGGUCAAAUACAAGCAUCCGGGCUUAUUGCAUGUGCGAAGGACUGCAAUUUCGAAGGCAUUAAGAUACUUGCAGACUUCAACACAAUGGAUAAUUGGCAAGAUGCAUCACAAAGGGGUUUCACGUUAUAUCGUGUAACCAAUCCAGCAUGGAUGGAUAAGAUGCAAACACAAUGUACAUGUGGUAGAAGUAAACGGGCUGUAACAAAUGUUGAAUAUACUGUUGGUAGCGAUGAAUGUUCCGACACUCCUCAAAAGCAGUAUUGUAAUGGACCACUUAAAUCUGGAACAAGUUACAAACUUGUUGCUGUAUCAUGCACUAACGGUGGAUGUCUUUUGAGUCAGGUGUAUGGACCUUUUGUAACAGCCGCUAAAGAACAAUCUGACGAUGGACGUAACUGUUCGACGGAGUCCAUCAUUAUUGGCGUUGUACUUGGAUUUACAAAUCUUCUUCUAUUCGUUUAUGCGGGUUAUACAACGUUAAUAAUCAGACGAAACAGAGCCGAUAAAGAUGGACUAAAAAUGAGCACAUCAAAUAAAUAUGAUCGUAAAAGCCAAACAUACGUGAAUGAAUCGUUCAUGGUAGGAGUCGCAGGUGCCGGGGGAAGUGAAGACCUGGAAACAUUUAGUAACGUUGCGCCUGGUAGAGAAUCUGAGACUGAAUAUUCCAGACUUGAUGAUAAUACAAGGGAGGACAGAACAACUUAUGAUAUUAUUCAGUCCAGUCGCCAAUAUUAGUAUAAACUGAAGCAGACAGAGAGAUGUUUAUAUUUAGACUACACGUGUUCUACAUUUUUUGUUUCUUGGUUUCAUUUAAAAAUAUUUGGGGAAAAUAUUGCCAUGGUGCUGUCCAUAACAAAUACGCUCAGUUUUAUUACUACAUGUAUAAAAUGUAUGCACCAUUGUAAACUGUACUGUCUAUCAAAGAACUAAUCUCCGCUGUAAUCCACUACGAAUCUAGACUUUGGUAAACUAUACCACAUUUCAGUUUAAUAUAAUACUGAUGAGGUGAAUUGUGUCAUUGUUUAUAUAAAAUGUAAAGUGGUCCUCAGAAAUGACAUAGUUUUCAAACCUCGGCAAUCUUUUGCAAAUAACGCAUUUAUAUUUACUACAGUAGAAAUUUAAAUUAUAAAGGCAUUGCGAGGUAAUUUAUCCGUCUUUUUAUAAACGAAAUAUUAACUCGGCUUGUAUACAGUUCGCACAUUAUUUAGGCUUACUAUAACAUAUUUCAACUGGAUCGAAAAUAGCCCGUAUCUUGAGACUUACCCUAAACAGUCAAUAAAAUCAAAGUCAAUUUCACCUGUUGAAUGUAUACAACGUUAACCAAAAAUUGUCUGUACAUACGACAGGGUAACUAAAUUUUAUGUAUAUUAUUAUUCUAAAUGUACUGCAAAAUAAACUUGUAACUGCUUGUCAUGUAGAUCUAUUAUGCCCCAGUCACACUUGAGUUGCGUGAUUUUCUGGGGUCCUUUUCCGACUUGUCUGCGGACUGGAAGCAUGACGUUUAGGGGUUUGUCGCACAGUAAUCCAAGACUACUUAAGAUUGUCAAGCAAAGUCAUUUCUAGUCGUGGGACUGGUCGUGCGACUGAUCUCAGUUGUUCGUGCGAAUAAUCUGGCAAAGUCGAGCGCGUGUUGAACAGCAGGAACAUCCGAUAAUAAACCACUCAAAACUUGAAGCACAACAAUGGCGCUUUGAAAGCUUACCUCAAACUAACACCACAAGCUACGACCAGUUUUGUCACAAACAGUGUUUUGAAUACGAUUAAAAACCUCCCCGACUACUUACAGGGAUCGUCCAUGGUUUGUGGCAGGAUUUUUCAGCACUUUCUUGCUGCGACUUUCAGUCGUAGUUGGUCGUUAGUUGUCCAAUAUCAAAGAGUGACUGGGGCUUUAGUAAUGUUAUAUGUUCAUGCUGUCUUCGAAAAACAAAGCACAUUGUAAAUAUGUGUGUCUGUAUCAGUGUAUUAUUAUCGAACUUUUCAACUUUUUAAUUCUAUAAAUCAUGUUGUUCUUAUGUAUAUGUAACAUGGAAUCUACAUAUAAAAGUUAAUUAAAGAGUAGACAGUU